AUCCGCAACAUCCUCCUCGCCCCUGCCCCGCCGCCAUUCCGCCCGCCCCUCACCGCGGGAUUAUCUUUCGUCGUCGUGUUGCAAAAAUUUUAAGAAAUGGCAGCAAGAUUUAUCAGGAAAAUCGUAAGUUUAUAAAUCAGCGUUACGUACUACGACAGUUGUGGCACACUGCAUGCAAUUUUAGAAUUUUUCUCUUCAUGAUCUAGGCUUACUUUUAUCAUAAUCCAAAAAUAGACGUACUAUAGUUAUGUCGAGGAAUUACAUAAAAGAGCUUUUGAAGCCUUUUCGUGAAAGUAAAGUAGUAGAUGGUUUAAUGAGAUGGUUCGAGCCUGUCGGGAGUGGCGAUACUGUAGGAGUUAGGGCCAGGACAAAUGAGGCCCCGACGACUCGGAGUGGCGUCGCUCAGUACAGCACUGGAGUACGGAGGGUGACACUGAUUCCCGGCCAUGGCAUUGGCCCUGAGAUCACAGUCGCGGUGCAAAAAAUAUUUGAAGCUGCCAAAGUACCAAUCGAAUGGGAUGAGGUGGACGUCACAGCUGUUAGGGGGCCAGAUGGCAAGUUUGGAAUCCCUCAGAAGGCUAUUGACUCAGUGAAUGCCAAUAAAAUUGGCUUGAAAGGUCCACUCAUGACACCAGUCGGAAAGGGAUACCGAUCCCUCAACCUUGCCUUGCGAAAAGAAUUUGAUUUAUAUGCUAAUGUGAGGCCUUGCAAGAGCUUAGAAGGUAUCAAAACCCUAUACGACAACGUGGACGUGGUGACGAUCAGAGAGAACACGGAGGGCGAGUACUCGGGCAUAGAGCACGAGAUCGUCGACGGCGUGGUGCAGUCCAUCAAGCUGAUCACCGAGGAGGCCAGCAAGCGAGUGGCGGAGUUCGCCUUCCAGUUCGCCAGAGACAACAAGAGGAAGAAGGUCACCGCUGUACACAAGGCUAACAUCAUGCGUAUGUCGGACGGCCUGUUCCUGCGGUGCUGCCGCGAGCUGGCCACGAAGUACCCGGACAUCCGGUUCGAGGAGCGCUACCUGGACACCGUGUGCCUCAACAUGGUGCAGGACCCCUCCAAGUUCGACGUGCUGGUGAUGCCCAACCUGUACGGCGACAUAAUGUCGGACAUGUGCUCCGGGCUCGUCGGCGGGCUGGGCCUCACGCCCUCCGGCAACAUCGGCAAGAACGGCGCGCUCUUCGAGUCCGUGCACGGCACUGCUCCCGACAUCGCCGGUAAAGACAUGGCCAACCCCACUGCUCUCCUACUGUCUGCUAUCAUGAUGCUGAGACACCUGCAGCUCAACGAACACGCGGAUCGCGUGCAGAACGCCUGCUACACAGUACUGCGGGAGGGCAAGAGUCUCACGGGUGACCUCGGUGGCACUGGAAAGUGCAGCGAAUACACCAACGCCAUCAUCUCUAAAUUAAACUAAUUAAUAUCUAUUUGUACAGAAAAGAUAUUACUCGGGCGCGUAAUAUUCGAAAUUAAUAACGAUUUUUUUUAUUCUGGCAAGUCCUAGGUCACCUGCAAAAUGGCGCAUCUCUACGAUUGCGCGGCAAAAAUCGAAUUCCCUUUGCGAAACCCUCCAAGCAACAGACGGGAACACUAAACAGUAUUUUUGAUGCAAUAGAAUUUUGCAACUUGAUGUUACGAGAAAUGUAUUGCUUGUGUUGAAAUUUAGUCUAAUGAAGAAUACUGAUUACCAAAGCCUGUACCUUAAGGUAUUAGAACUAAAAAUCUUGAUAUUAAAUAUCAAGAAGUUUACACUUUUUUUGAGAUUAUAAUAUAAUAUUUAUAUGUAAUUGCAUGUAUAAUAACGAUUUGUAAAUAUAAAACAAUUUGGAUAUUUAAUAUGUAUGUCAUUAUAGAUUAGGCAAAUUUUAUCCGUAUUUAAAAGACAACUAUUUAUUUUUUAUUCGUGUUGCUAAUAAUAUAAUCACCUACAUUUUUUGAUGUGCA